AUGAGGUAAAAUUAGGGCCCAAUAUAAAAUUAGGUUGAAGAGCGAGGAGGUGGAGAAAAUCACGAAUUCCUGCGAGUAAAACUUGUAGUGAGGCUUCUCUUCCUUCCCUUCCCUUCCCUCUUCUCUCGAAUUCCUUGUUCUUGAAAUUAUAUCAAACCUAAACCAAUCUUAUGCAAUUAUUUUUAUUAUCAAUUUUCUGUUUUUCAUUACUCUAGUAAUUUCAACCACUGCAAUGGAAGAUGACGACGAGUUCGGAGAUCUCUACACAGACGUCCUCAGUUCAUUCCCUUCAUCGUCAUCUUCCCUCCCGCCGCCGGCGCCGACUCCGAUUCCGACUCCGACUCCGGCGUUACAACCUCCACCUCCCUCCCGUCCGAUUGAUCUCAAUCUUGAAUCAGAAGACGCAGAUGAUAUUCCCAAUUCAAAUUACUCUCAUAUGAAGCAGCAGCUUGAUGUUCACGACAAUGAUAAUGAAGAUUCCCAGCGUGUUGAUAAGUCCGAAGAGAAUACGGGUCAAGAAGAUUCCAACAGUUCUGCCGCCGCCGCCGCCGCUGCCGACGGAGCUAGGGUUUUACUGACUGCCGAUGUCAACGACCAACAGCUAGUAGAUGAUGUAGAGGUAGAAGAUGUAGAUGCGUUUCAGAAUCAAUUGGACAAACACCAUAACUUUGGUAUCGAAGAUUUUGGGUGUGGUGCUGGUGGUGGUGAUGAGUGGGACAGUGACAGCGAUAGUGAGGAUGAUUUGCAAAUUGUGCUGAAUGAUGCUCGGCACGCUCCGCCGGCGCCCAUGAUAGUUGGGAGCGAUGAUGAGGAUGAAGAUGGUGACCCACUUGUGAUUCUGGCUGAUGAUGACGAUGCUGCUGGAGUUGUUCAGGCUGUGGAGGACCAAGAUUGGGGAGACGAGGCCGGACAAUCUUCUCAAGGCAAAGAGACUAGUGAUGCUUCCAAACUUAAUGCUAAUGCAGGACUUUCAACUGCUCCCAAAGUUGGUUAUAGCAAUUAUGGUUAUCACCCUUUUCAUUCUCAGUUUAAGUAUAUAAGACCUGGUGCAGCACCUCUGCCUGGAGGACCUUCCAUUGGUUCAGGUGGAGCCCCUGGCCAAGUUCGCCCCCCAGUCAGUGUAAGCACUAUGGCUGGUCGUGGAAGGGGUGAUUGGAGGCCACCUGGAAUGAAAGGUCCUCCAGUGCAGAAGGGUUUUCAUACGGGCUUUUGGGGUAGCAAUGUGCCUGGACGUGGUUUGGAAUUCACUCUUCCGUCUCACAAGACUAUCUUUGAUGUUGACAUUGAUAGCUUUGAGGAAAAACCUUGGAAAUAUACUGGUGUAGAUGUAUCUGAUUUUUUCAAUUUUGGCUUGAAUGAGGAGAGCUGGAAAGAAUAUUGCAAGCAGUUGGAACAACUGCGCUUGGAGUCUACUAUGCAAAGCAAAAUUCGUGUAUACGAGAGUGGUCGUACGGAACAGGAGUAUGAUCCUGAUAUGCCCCCAGAACUUGUAGCAGCAGCUGGUAUUCAUGACUCGGCUGAAAAUGUGGAUACUGUGAAAGUUGAUGGUGGACAAGGUGACCUGGCUAAAGGAUCUGCUCGUGUGCGGCCUCCAUUGCCAACUGGCAGAGCCAUACAAGUGGAAACUGGCAAUGGCGAGCGCCUGCCCUCUGUUGAUACCCGGCCACCACGUGUUCGUGAUUCAGAUUCAGUCAUUGAGAUUGUUUUGCAGGAUUCAAUUGAAGAUGAAUCUGCUGGUAAUGAUGAUGGAGAGAAUCCAGAUAGUGAUUCAGCUAGAGAGGAUGACCAGGUAGUUGUAGUUGAUGAGGAUGGUCCUGAGUGUGGGGAUGGAUAUUUUGAGAGUUAUCCACGGGGAAGUGAUGAUAUUAAGGAAGAUGAUUCUCGAAAAAAGAAUCCUAUCAUAAAUUCUCACGCUGGUAUAGAGGAAGUGGCCAGGUUGUCACCUCAAAGAGCUUCAAGUGAUCACCAGCCUGGCUCAAGAGAUCAUGCUUCUUCUGAAAAUAUUGGCUCGCCAUAUGAAGAGAGGUGGACCAAGGAAAGGGCACGUGAGAGAUCUCCUCAUAUGUCUUCAGGAGAGAGUGCAUUGGAAAGAAGAUCUCUUGAUUAUCAAAGGGAAGAUUCUAUCGAGAGCAUGGAAGGUAAGCACAGUCCCAAAUCGUUCUCUGCCACUCCCUUGGAAGAUGUUCGAGAAGGAAGUUCGGAAAGGAAAGCUGCUGCAGUGGAAGAUAAUAAAGCUGAUGUGGAUUCUGGAAAAAGAAAAGAUGACUCUAGUGUGAUUUCUUCUAGUAAUACCUCAAAGGAAAAACAGAAUCUAAGUCAGUCAAAGCAACUAAAACUAAGUUCUCAAGUUGAGCCACAAGAAAAUAAUGAACUUGAUGAAGUGGGCGACUUUAAGGCUUCCAGAAGUAGUGACAACAGUAAGGCAACUGGAAGCAGCAGAGAUCAUCAAAAGUGGCGUGAGGGUGUUGAUGAAGAAGUUGUGCAAAAUGGGCGCUCCUCCUACCCAGGUGAUGUCAAGCGGAAUCAUGGUGAAGGUGGACAUGAUUCGCGGAGAAAAGAUCGUGAGGGGAGAGUGGAGAUGGAAAGAAAUUACAUUUUAGCAAAAGGAAGGGAGGAAUAUUAUUCUCAUCGAGAGUGGGAUCCUCUUGCGGUCAACCAUUUCCAUGCAAGAUCAGAAAGUAGUGACCGGAGGAAAGAGAGGGAUCUCUCCGAAGCUGGCUGGCAACGACGAGAUGAAGAUCCACAUGGACGGAGGAUUAGAGCUGAAGAUGCUAGGAAGCAGGAGCGUGCUGAUGAAAUGGUAUCUAGGCGUAGGAGUAAGGCCAGGGAAGUUGAUAGAAGCGACAAAGAUGAAUAUCUUCAUUCAAGAAAAGUUAUAGAUAAUGGUAUUUGGAGAGGUUAUCAUGACAAAGAUGUAGGAUUUCGUUACAGGGAGAAGGAUGAUGUUUCAAAAAGUCGACACGAGAUCUUGGAUGAUCAUCACAUUAAGAGACGGAAAGAUGAUGAGCAUGCAAGAAGGGAUCAUGUUGAAAAAGAUGACCACUUGCUUUCUCACAGAGACAGCAGCAGCACUCGUCGAAAGCGAGAAAGAGACGGGAUCCUAAGUUUACGGAAGCGAGAAGAUCAACCAAGGAUUAGAGACAACAUGGAUGAUCAUCAUUUGGUUAGGCUUAAGGAUGAUGUUUGGGUACAGAAGGAGAGGGAGAGGGCUGAGCAGCAAAGAGAUAGAGACGAAUGGUAUCGGGCUAAACAGUCUUAUGAGGAAACUUUGUCCAGAAGGGAGAGAGAAGAUGGAAGAGCUCCUAUCAGAAGCAGUAGGAAUGUAGAAGAAAAGAUAUGGGUUGGCCAUUCUCGUGUAGAGGAGUACAAGGGUCACGAUAAAGAUACAGGAAGGCAUGGUGAACAGCUUAAGAGGAGGGAGAGAGUUGAAGAAGAGCCUAGUUUGCAACACAGAGGAGGUGAGGAUGCUUAUGCACGUGGAAAUCAAUUUGUUAGUGAGGGGAAAAGAUCAAGGCAAGAGAGGUCCAGUGCUCGAAAUAAUCGUGCCAUUGAUUCUUCAGAAAGCCUGAGGUUGCAUGAGAAAAAGCACAAAGAAAAUGUCAAAAGGACUAGAGAAUCUGAAGGCCACAAUACUUCAGGGUCAUCCAAGAGAUAUCAGGGAGAAAAAGGCUUAGCAAAUGAGAUGGCUGAUAUCAAGGGCAGGAGUGAACAAUCUAUGGUUGAGCAUGAUACCUCAUUGCACAAUCUUACUGGAGAGGUGGGAGGAGAUGUUUCCUCCGAUGAUGAGCUGCAUGAUUCAAAGAGAGGGCGGUCCAAGCUAGAACGCUGGACAAGUCAUAAGGAUAGGGAUUAUGAUCUCUACUCAAAGUCAUCAUCUUUGAAGAAUAAGGAAAUUAGCAAGAAUAAAAAUACUAGCUCUGGAUCAUCUUUUGGUGUUCAUGAUGAGAUUGCCAAGAAGGUUGAGGCUUGUGAUAGUAUUCAGCCUUUGGCUGGAGGAAAAGAGGUUGGAGGUUCAGAGGGGAAGGAUGGAGAUGAAAGAGCAUUGGAUGGUCGCCACCUGGAUACAGUUGAGAAAUUGAAGAGGCGGAGUGAACGUUUCAAGCUUCCAUUGACAAGUGAGAAGGAUCCAUUGGCAAUCAAGAAGAUGGAGAGUGAACCUUUGCCCUCCCCUCAAAAUGAUACUCCCGCAAAUGCUGAAGUCAAACAUGAGCGGCCACCCAGGAAAAGAAGAUGGAUUGGCAGCUAAAGGCACGAGUAUAUAGCAUUCAUUUGCUGUUCACUUGGCCCUAUUUCUGGCUUGCCUUCUGGUAGGCCAGAGAGCUUAUCCAGAAAUGUGAAGAUCCCAUAUGUAACGGCUUCUAACUUACCAAGAUGUAGCAUUUACAAGUUGGGACAAUGUACAAUCCAAGUUAAUUGGGAUUUAUUUUGUGCCAAUGGUACCACUGUAUGCUUUUCUAAUUGUAAUGUGUAAAUCCUGAAUGUAAAACUGAAAUCUGAAUCUGUCAUUGAUGAUGUUGGUGGCACAGCUUGUGUUUGGUGCUUCCAAUUAAUGAUACCAUUUGUGGACUGUUGAUCCAAUGAAAGAUCAAUUGCUGGAAAGGACCGCCAGUUGAUCGAAAGGACUACAUGCAGGGCUUCGACAUGAAUGGAUUGGAAGCCAGUAGCUGUGACGGCUUUGCCAGACUGUUACAGAACGGGUCUUAAAAGCUGAAAGUUCUGCUUGUUUUUGAAGCAGAAUACUUCUCACUUGAUGAUUGUGAGAUUUCUUUUCUGUACUUCAAUGUAUUUCUGAUUUAGUUCACGCCCAAAGUAAACAUUUAGAGUCUUAUAUGUUUGCUUGUUAGAUUACCAUAGUACACAUUCGGAAGUUUCUUACACAGUGAAGAAUACGAGUUUACUGCAAAUGAUACAGGAAAAUGUUUUUGUAAGGUAGUGUAUCCCUCUUAUAGACUUGUAGUCAUGUAGGUAUUUUAAGUGAUUUUCUUAUAACAUAUGCCCAAAAUCUUAGACGCUGUAAUAACAUAUACAUAUAUUGAUAUAUAAGAAGGCUAGUAUAUAUCUCUUCUGUUCUUUUUUA